AUGGACUCUCCUACGAAUGCAACUGACUCUGCCAUUUCGACCCUGUUGGUGAUUGAUGAAGAAGAGGAAUCAGUUUUAUCUUCAUUAGCCAUUGGUAUGAUCGUCCUUUGUGCACUUUCUGUUCUUAUCUUGACUAUUGUCUGUAUAUUGAUCUUACGCAAGCGUUACUCUCCAUCGACAUCAACCUCUCUAGCCGAUAAAGAUGACUCACCACGACCAGUAGAGAAAGACCGAGAAAAAGGCCCUUUUACUUUACCAUUAGCAAUGACGAAACGACGACCAUUUUGGACAAUCUUAUCGAGACAGAGAACAAGGCAAGGAAUAACCACGUUGGAUGAAAUCCCAUUACCUACCACAGCAACUUCAUUAGAAGUGAUGUUUGAAGAAGGAUAUGACACCAAGGCAUUUUUCUCCCCACGACACCAUUGGACGACCUCCUCUUUGACCAGUGCGACUUCAUCUUUUGUUGAUGAUCCUUGUAUUAUAGACUCUUUGGAACGACAGAAACACAUCAAUGAUAUGUAUUAUACCUCUCAUCCGCCAUACCAUCAUACUUUCUCAUUGGCUUCUUCUAAUCGCACCACUUUGUACAACAAUCAUCCAUUCAACUCUUCUUUGAUUUCUUUAUCAUCCACGGAAAAACAAGAACAAGAGGCCGAAUUACAACGUUUGUCUAUCUCCUCUUAUCAUGUGUGGUAG